UCCCCUCUUUGAAAAAAAAAAAGAUUCUUUAGGACCAACUUCUUUUCAUCUAUAUAUUUCCAAGCAUACCUCUUGUUCAAAAUGUGUAUUCUUGUAACAUAAUGCCUUCAGUUUACUCUAGCCCAUUUCACCAAAUGGAAAACCCAGCCAUACUAUCACUACUACAACACACCACCCGUAGCGAAAAGCGGUCCAAGAGUGGCGGUAGCGGAGGGAUAUUUCGCGUGUUUAAGCUUCUUCCCAUGUUAACCUCCGGUUGCAAGAUGGUGGCAUUGUUAGGACGGCCUCGAAAACCACUACUAACCGAUCAUGCUACCACGGGUACCCUAUUUGGAUGUCGAAGAGGACGAGUGAGUUUAGCCAUCCAAGAGGAUCCACACCGCCUCCCAGUUUUUGUAAUCGAGCUUCCAAUGAGCUCGAGUGUGUUCCAGAAAGAAAUGGCGUCGGAUAUAGUCCGUUUGUCGCUAGAAAGCGAGACGAAAAGUCACAAAAAGAAGGUGUUGGAGGAGUUUGUGUGGGCAGUAUAUUGUAACGGGAGGAAAUACGGGUAUUCGAUAAGGAGGAAACAUAUGACAGAUGAUGAGCUUCAUGUUAUGCAAUCGUUACGGGGUGUAUCGAUGGGGGCCGGGGUUCUUCCGGGGUUGUCGGAAAAGGAUUCGUCGGUAGACGGCGAGUUGACUUACAUGAGAGCAAGGUUUGAAAGAGUGGCAGGAAGCAAGGAUUCUGAAGCCUUUCAUAUGAUCAAUCCUGAAGGGGCUGAAAAUGGCCAGGAAUUGAGUAUUUUCUUUGUAAGGGUACACUAAAAAAAAAACAGAAAAAUGGAAGAAAAAGUAACGAUUUAUAAGUAUAUAUGGUAAAAAGUUAUCAAAUUUUGUAACAACUUAUUUACAUUAUAGUCUUAUCGAUAUUAAAAAUGUUUAUAGAUGGUUGUGAUUUUCAACAUAUAUAGUUUUGUUAAGUUGUAAUUAUCUAUAACACGAGUCGUUUGUAUAUAA